GGUAGACGCACGUUGAGUUCACGCGUAUUUAUCGAAGAAAACUUUCACGAUUACUAGAAGCACGAUAUCAAGUUAUGUGUGCGAACGCACGCUUCAAUAAACAUCUCAGUGGUUCAUGACAGUGCCAAUGUCUCCCAGCUUAGAAGGGAUCAUGUUUAACAGGAACACGAACUUGUCAGCGCGCCGACCGUUGCUCGCGGAACCGCAAAAGCCUAUUGUAGUUCCACCACGAGCUCCACCACGCGAUUAUGGACCACAAACCUAUCCAGCUACGAGAAAUUUAAUAAAUGAAAACACUUAUGAAAAACGAACAGAAUAUUGGAAACCGUCAAAUGUCGAACUCGAAAGGCGAUUACAAGAGAGUCGCGCCCGUGAAAAGGUCGGUUACUUUCAAGAUAAAGUAAUAUCACCGGAAUUAAGCUUGGACCGCAGGGAGGCUGAACUCGUUUUCAGAUUUGAUCCACACGCAUCAGCUGAAUAUCUAUCGAAUCAAUAUACUGCACCCGCGGUUCAGUAUGCAAAGCCUUCAGCGCCAGCGAACGGGUUUACGAACCGUUUGCCGGAGCGAGACGGCCCUUUUGUAUUUGGAGUUCAUAGCCCGAGCCAAUUCCCUGUUUCCCGCCGUGAUGAUGACGACUAUGAUUAUUCCGAAGUGGCGGAAGAAAAUAAUCGGGCUGUGAUAGAGGAUGAUGACUCGGGUGACUUAAAUUGCUGUGAUAAAAUGAAUGAGUGGACUGUGCGUGACAAAAAGGGAAAGAGAACUUUAAAUAGAAUGUUUCAGAUAAAGGAUAGAAGGAGAGUGAAGUGUGGUAAGAAGGAAAAAAUAAAGUGUGUGUUAGUUGGGGAUGGUGCGGUGGGAAAGAGUUCAUUAAUAGCUGCUUACGCCCAGGAUACGUUCAGAGAGGAAUAUCAACCAACAGCCUACGACACAUUUAACGUUGUGGUGGACGUGGACGACCGACCUGUCUCUGUAGAAAUCUGUGAUACAGCUGGUCAGGAUUCAAUGUCAGAACUACGCGAGCUCUGCUAUCCGGGGACAGACGUGUUAAUGCUCUGCUUCUCUGUGGUCCGACCAGAGACAUUCCGGUCCGUGGCUAACAGGUGGACGCGGGCGAUCGCUAAUGUCAACGCACCCUUAAUUCUAGUCGGCACUCAGAGCGAUUUAGCGCUCGAUGGACGGGUUAUACACGCAUUAAAAGCCCGAGGCGAACACGCAGUGACCGAACUGGAAGCCAAGGCAUUAGCCGCCAAAAUAAACGCCGUCUACGUAGAAACAUCAGCGAAAACGCGGAAACAGUUGAAAGAUGCCUUCGACGCCGCCAUCUUGGCUGGGUUGCCAGUAGUGCAACCGAAACGACCGUUUUGGAAAAAACUGCUUUGUUUAAAUUAAGAUUAAUUGAGAAAUUCGUAAAAUGUUAACACAAUUUUAAAAUCCAUUAGUUUGACAUGUUUAUUUUCAUUGUUUUUAAUCUGUGAAAUUGCAAAUGCUUACCUAAGUUAUAAACUCCGUUUUUCGUUACCUUACAAAUAAUAAAUGGUCGAUUAGUUACUUAUUGUUUUGUCACAAAGUUUAGUAAAUCAUUGUAUGUUUGAAAUAAAAUGUAACACUAGUUUUCUAUAUUAGUAUAUACAAAAUAGUUUAAGUUGUGAUAAUGUGUAUAUAACUGAUAUUACGUUGAAUAUUUUAAAUAUAGACUGCUCUUACGAAUUUCCCAAAGUUUAGGGUAAUUGUGUAAAAAAUAUACCUAAGUGCCUUAUGAAAUAUUAAGACAAUGUUUUAAUAGAACUUCCAUUUAUGUACCUAGAUAGUAUUUUAUGUAUUAAUUGUUAUAGUGACUGAAUUAGAAAUUAGCUAUAGAAAGCUUGAUUGUCUAUUGUCAAAAUAUAAUACUUAUCUGUUGAUACAAUAAAAGUGGUUUUUGAAAAAAAAGUUAAAGCAAUGUUUAUCACAGAACAAGGCAAAUAUUUUAUUCGUACAAGUGACUAAUUUAAUCCCAAUUGACCCUACCAGCUCAAUAAUUUUCUGUUUAAAGGUCACAGAUUAUGUCUUCGCUAUAUUUAGUUAGAAAUUAUAAAAUAUAAAAGCCACGGAAAUAAGUCGCGUAUAUGAUUAUAUAAUGUAAUAUCUAUAUAAUGACCGCUACAUGAACAGAACUUUCUGUCGUUAUAUGAAAAGGACGUUACAUUGUAUCGAUAAUAAUACAAAACAACCGAAGUCUUAUUAUUUAGGCGUUUUAGAAAGUUUGUCGUUAAAUCGAGUGAGUUUACAUGGAAUUUACACCUCGCUUACACUGCUUCUUAUACAGCAUUUAAAACAUGUAGAAACACAAUUACAGAGUAACAGUUAUUGUAUUAUAACUAUUAUCUAACGGAUACGGAUAUAUCCUAAACGUUUUUUACAAACUAAACUAAAGCAAUUUUAAUACAAUAUCUGAAUUAAUCAUGUAUAAUUUAUAAAUUUGGCACAAUUAAUAGCUUCUAUUUUACAACUUAACUUGAAUAUUAAUAUGAUUAUGCAAUAAUGUUUUAAUGUAUUUCUUACAUUUUAAGUUGUAUAUAAUGAACUGUGU